AUGAAACGGGAGCUGCACACCCGCCAGCAGAAAGAAAAGCUGCUGAAAAGAUUAGGCUCUCCCAUUACUAUCCAGGAAACGCGCAAAAGUCUCGAUGUGGUUGCUCGUAGCUCAUUCAUUGCCAUAUAUGCAGAAAAAGACUUAACCUGUGUGACGCACACUGCAGGGUCCGCUCCAAAGCUGCCAAGUAAGGAGGGUGGUCUAUAG